AUGGACGACCUCGACUACCAGCCCGAGAUACAGCCCUCGCUCUCCAGGCGCAGCAGCAGGCCCUCCAACCUCCUCAUCGACCACGUCCAGUCUGCCUGGAACUCGGACAUCAUUCUCGAGGAGCAGUCCCCGCGCGUCCUCCCCAGUGGCAGACUCCAACCCAUCCCCCGCGCGACCACCCCCCGGCCCUCCAAACACCACACCCCGCGCUCUCACCAGAACCCCAUGUCUUCCCCCUGCUUCGUACACUCCCACCUAGACAAGGGCGCGUCCUUCACAGAAUGGCUCAAGCAGCGCCACGGCAUCGCACCCGACGUCGGCGUCGCACGCGGCCUCCAGCACUCUGCCACACCCGCUCCUGAGCCCGCCCCGCCCCGCCCCCGCCGCUAUAGAAAGUUAGAAAACGGCCAGGUCAUCCCCGUCCCGUACGACGACGGCUCCGUCUCAGACUCGUACGCGGUCGAUGCCGAGUACGAAGAGAUCGACGACGACGAGACCGGUGGCAGCCUCACAAAACAGCUCGCAGAGACCGCCGUCGGCGUGCGCGAGAUGAGCAAGCAGCUCGGCCGCGCGCGCAUCAAGUCCCACGUCCAAAACGUCCUCAUCGUCACCAAGGCGCGGGACAACCGCCUCAUCCAGCUCACCCGCGAGCUCGCCGUCUACCUGAUGACGAAACAGCGUCACGGAGGGCGUGGUCUCGUCGUUUAUGUCGACCACCAGCUCCGCACCUCGCGUCGCUUCGACGCCGCCGGCAUCGAGCGCGACCACCCUGAGCUCUUCAUCCCCUUUCCCCGCCGCCGCACAUCCAGCAACAACUCCUUCUCGUCCUCGACGACCUCGCUGAGCAUGAGCAGCAUGAGCGAGAGCGGCCCUAACGAGGACGGCCAGCUCAGGUACUGGACCGCCGAGAUGUGCAAUCGCAGCCCCCAUCUCUUCGAUUUCGUCGUCACCCUCGGGGGCGACGGCACCGUGCUCUUCACCUCCUGGCUCUUCCAGCGCAUCGUGCCGCCCGUGCUGCCCUUCGCCCUCGGCUCCCUCGGCUUCCUCACCAACUUUGACUUUGCGGACCACCAGGCGGUCAUGGACAGCGCGAUCGAGUCCGGCAUCCGCGUCAACCUGCGCAUGCGCUUUACGUGCACCGUGUACCGCGCGGUGCCGGCCGACGAGCUGCGCCGCGCGGGCAAGGGCCGCCGCAAGGCGGUCAAGAAGGGCGAGACGGGCGAGAUCAUGAUGCGCAACCUCGAAAAGGGCGGCUGGGAGGCCCUCGAGGGAGGCUGGCACGCCCACGAGAAGGAGCGCGAGGGCGGCCGCGCGCAGAAGGACAAGGAGAUCAUGUGCUUCACGACGCGUCCGGUCGAGAGCUUCGAGGUCAUCAACGACCUCGUCGUCGACCGCGGACCCAGUCCCUAUGUCAGUAUGCUGGAGCUCUUCGGUGACGAGCACCAUAUGACCACCGUGCAGGGCGACGGGCUGACGAUAUCGACGCCCACUGGGUCGACGGCGUACUCGGCUUCUGCCGGGGGGUCGCUUGUUCAUCCAGAGAUCCCGGCGAUACUCAUCACGCCAAUAUGCCCCCACACGCUCUCGUUCCGGCCCAUGCUUCUCCCCGACACGAUGGAGGUCCGCAUCUGCGUCCCUUUCAACUCGCGGAGCACGGCGUGGGCUUCGUUCGACGGGCGCGGACGCGUGGAGCUGAAACAGGGCGACCACAUCAAGGUGACCGCGUCCAAGUACCCGUUCCCGACGGUCUGCGCGGACAAGCAGUCGACGGACUGGUUCCACGCCAUCUCGCGCACGCUCAAGUGGAACGAGCGCGAGCGGCAAAAGUCGUUCGUCGUCGUCGAAGAGGGGCCCGUCAAGGCGCGCUCCAAGAAGGAGCGCGAGCACACGUCGAGCAGCUCCGAGGCGACCGUGCUCGCGAAGCAGGCCGGCGACCAGGACGAGGAAGACGAGGUCUCGGACGAAGACGACUCCUCGUCCGAAGAGGAAGAAGAGGAGGAGGAGAAGUUCGACAUCGACGACCUCUCCCCGGAAGGCACCCCGCCGGACGCGAAGAAGCCUUCCGACAGCACGCUCGAGACGGCGCAGCGCAAGGCGCUCGCAGAGCAGCAGAGGCAGCAGCAGCAGCCGCGCGCGGAGGACGACACGCGCGAGGCCCAGCGCGCGGCCGAGGCGCUCAUGGGCUUGAGCGUCGAGGACGGGCGCGCGCAGGCGCGCAGCAAGUCGGGCGUCCGGUCCGGCGUCGACAGCCCCGAUCGGUUCGCAGGCCCGCACCCGCACCCGCGGCGGCUGUCGCCGCGGCACGUCGAGUUUGCGAGUCCAGCGGGGAUGUCGGCGUCGUCGAGCACGGCGUCGCUCGAUUGGGCGCCGGGCGCGCAUGGAGGCCAUGGUGGAGGGGGGGAGGGCGCAGGGGUGGGUGGGAUGAGCGGGAUCAGUCAUGUGUUGAGUCGAGGUGCGCGCGACGAGAUGAGGACGCCGACGGCGAGCGAGCAUGCGGCGGGGAAGCGGAAGGCGCGGUCGAGGUCGCGGGGGCGGUAUGUGGAGGAAGCGCCGCCGGUGCAACCAAGGGCAUUUGCGGUGUGGGGUCAAGACGAGAGCGACAGCAAUGCAAGCGAUAGCGACACAUAG